CUGAACGACCAUUAUGAUAACCAGAUAAUAUAAAUUUGUGGCAUUCCUCAAGGUGUAUUUUGUAUGGAACUAAUUGCAUACGUAAUGUAAACUGCGAUGAUCACUUUCCGGUUAGUAUUUGAGUUAUGAUGUUACUAGCUAUUCUUCCCGAUUCCAGCAAAAGUGGCCUUGCAUAUAAACCAGAAGAAAUUCAAGCUUCUCAAAAAUACCAACAUCCUUCCGACAACGAUUCUGAUAGAACCGACCAUACGGGUUCACAAAUGGCAGAAAUUUUUGGCGUGAAGUCUCAAUCUAAUUCAUCAUGUCAAUCUAAUACUGGCAUAAAAAUUGCUCCACGAAGUAUACCUCCGUCAGCAGCACCAAAUGCUGCACGUGAAGGGGUUGGAAUGGCUGAGCGGUUCGGUUUAAUUCAAGUUCAACAAUCUUAUGCUGGAGGUGAUAGUGAUGAGAUCUUCGAUGUAAAGUCUAAAGCUACUGAGUCUUCAGAUAUGUGGCGAAAUGGCAUUGGGCCACGUGUUAGAUAUGAGGUUUGUCUUCUUGUAUAA